ACUUUUUUUUUUCAUCAAAAUUUGUUUAAUUUGCUGGCAUGAAACAGUAGACAGUGCAUAUGUUUGAUUUAAUUAUCUAUAAAAUAUUUCCCUCACAAGAUCUUCAGAACAAUGCGUGCGCGUUCCGGUGCUCUUCUGCAAAAAGAACCAAGAUGUAUAAACGUAUAAACCACAAGCUUGUUACUUUCAUUCCUUUUCUUCUUCCCAUUCUUUUUAACCUCUUUUCGAUGGUGGCAUAGCUCAGAAGAGACUAGCUCAUGGUAAUGACAGAUGUGGACACGGGCGGAGUUCAGAGCUGUGAAAACUACACAACUGUUAGCUCGAGUCUCGAUUCUCGAGUCUGCACGCGCUUUAACCACAGUGAAGCGCUUUCUUCUUAAACGGCGUUUGCCUUCUUAUAUAUCAUACACUGGCAUCUUUUUUUGCUGGAUAAUGCAAACAACCCAUAAUCUUUUUGAAACGCAGAGUUGCUGCCACCAGCAUUAGAAAUAACGACAGAAGACUCUGAGGAAAAGUAGGCUGCUUUUUGCGCGAGAGCUUCGAGAGGGUGUGGGAGACGAGGUACUCCCAUCUCCAUGGCCUAUACUCUGGCCUCGGGCCCUGACGUGGGUCCUGCCAUUGGGCCCCAGCACUGUGUAACAAAGGUAGAGCUCUCCGUUUGCGGCUCCAACCUGCUAGACCGCGACGUGGCAUCCAAGUCUGACCCCUUCUGUGUUCUUUUCCAUGAUGUGGAUGGCAACUGGGUGGAGCUGGCUCGAACAGAGACUGCCGUGAACAACCUGAAUCCAGUAUUUGGAGUAAAAUUCCAAGUGGAUUACCACUUUGAAGAGGUCCAGAAGCUCAAGUUUGCCAUGUUUGAUGAGGACAAAUGCAGCAGCCAGCUUUACGAACACGACUUUUUGGGCGAAUUCACCUGCACACUGGGAGUGAUUGUGUCAAAUAAGAAGCUACAUCGACCACUGAUUCUGGCUAAUGGCAAGCCAGCAGGGAAGGGGGCCAUCACAAUAGCAGCCCAGGAGUUAUCAGACAACAGAAUAAUCACCCUAAACAUGUGUGGGAGGAAGCUGGAUAAAAAGGACUUUUUCGGUAAAUCAGAUCCCUAUUUAGAAUUCCACAAACAAGGGGAUGAUGGGAAAUGGAUGAUGGUUCACAGAACAGAGGUUAUUAAGAACACUUUGGAUCCUGUAUGGAAGCCUUUCACAGUGCCUCUAAUCUCACUUUGUAAUGGAGAUGUGGACAGAAACAUCAAGGUGCUGUGCUACGAUUACGACAAUGAUGGAGGCCAUGACUUCAUCGGCGAGUUUCAGACCACUGUUAACAAGAUGAGUGAAGCACAGAACGGAGUGGAGGUUGAGUUUGAAUGCAUUAAUCCUAAAAAACAGAAGAAAAAGAGCUACAAAAACUCUGGAGUCAUAAUAAUGAAGUCAUGCAAGAUUACGAGAGACUACUCCUUCCUGGACUACAUUCUGGGUGGCUGUCAGCUCAUGUUUACUGUUGGCAUCGAUUUCACUGCGUCCAAUGGCAACCCCAGGGAGCCGUCGUCUCUGCAUUAUAUCAACCCAAUGGGCAGCAACGAAUAUCUGUCUGCCAUCUGGGCUGUAGGCCAGAUCAUCCAAGACUAUGAUACGGACAAAAUGUUUCCUGCACUUGGAUUUGGGGCUCAACUCCCACCCGACUGGAAGGUAUCCCAUGAAUUUGCAAUCAACUUUAACCCCACCAACCCUUUUUGCUCAGGUGUGGAGGGGAUCGUUCAAGCUUAUUCCAACUGCCUGCCUCACAUCCGCUUCUAUGGACCAACUAACUUUGCCCCCAUCAUCAACCACGUGGCCCGCUUCGCUACCCAGGCCCUCCAACAGGACACUGCAGCACAAUACUUCACGCUACUGAUCAUUACUGACGGUGUGAUCAGUGACAUGGACGAGACACGUCACGCUAUAGUUCAAGCCGCCAAGCUGCCCAUGUCCAUCAUUAUCAUCGGGGUAGGCAACGCUGACUUCACCGCCAUGGAGUUUCUGGAUGGAGACAGCAGUGUGCUCAGAUCCUACACGGGAGAGGAGGCGGUCCGAGACAUCGUGCAGUUUGUCCCAUUCAGGGACUUUCGCAACGCUCCGAAGGAAACUUUAGCCAAAUCCGUAUUGGCAGAGCUGCCGCAACAGGUCACACAGUAUUUCAAACAGAGGAGCCUGUCGCCUAGCAACACAAUGCCGGAAUAAGCGCUGGAGGCCUGGAGUUCACACUGCAUGUUGCAAAAACCUGCUAACUGUUUACAGACCCCCCCUUGACCAAUUCAAUGAACAUAGUGCAUGUUUUUUUCUGUACAGAAGUGUUUUUAGUAAAUGUUUUUAUUUAUUGGUUUAUAUAUAGAUAGUAUAUAUAAUGACUUAUCGAUCUAAAUGCAACGGCCAUUUGUUUGUCUGUCACAAAAUAUGUAACAGUAUUCGGGCUGAAUGUAACUUUAUACUACCAUUUUCUGUGUUUUAAGAGAAGUGAAAGCUAAAGAGUACUUUAUGUAGUGAUUUGUAUUUAGUGCUAAUUGUAUGGUGCCAUGGUCAAGGUGGUGUUGUUGAUUUUGUACAGUUUUAUCGGUUGUUUAUGUUCCACUCAGGUCAAUAAAUUUCAUUUGAGAAAAUCA